GUUGGAAACUGUUUGCCGGUACGUUCGGUUCGGUUUAACAUUUGAACGGAAGUCGUGUGUUGUGUUCGUCGUCGUCAUCGUCGUAGUCAGCAAAUAAAUUGUAUCUGCGGGUUAUAUUUACGAAUGGUAUUUGUGGAUUUAGUUCUUUCUUUUGUACUUCUGUCUGCUGCUGCGGCUUCAUCCAAGGGAUACCGGAGAGAGCUCAUGUGGUGGUGUGACGUGCAUCCCAGAUAAAUCUAUCCGCAAUGGAUGUUUGGGAAUAGUUUUGAAUUUUUAUUUUUUUUUCGUCGAUUUUAAAAAUUUUAUAACAAAAAUGGAAGAAAAUUUGGAAAAAAUGUAAAAGUGCAAGUGAAAGAAAAUUCAUUUUAAAAAAGGAUAAAAAAAGGAAUAUACAAAUCCCAGUGACUAGUGAGACUUAAGAGUUACCUUACCGACAAUUCUAUAUCAAAAAAGGAUACGAAUACAUCUCAUAAAUAAAUUUUGGAUUAAUCUAACAUACAAUUGUAGAUAUUUAUAUACAUAUCUAUCCGAAGAAACAACACAAUAAUUGUAAUUGUGUGUAAAUUGUGCCCAAAGCACGAACCAUCAUCAUCUUCUUCCUUGGGUGCAUCUUAACUUCUUCAUCUUGUUCGUCCUUGCUUGAUGUCAAACAUCAUGCUGACAAGAGCAUCUAGUUCCACAAGAGGAGGAUGUCUUACAUUUGUGGUGAUAUUAAUCUGCAGUCUUCUCAGCCGGCAGCGGACUUUAGCUGCACACGGAGAAAAUCCUCGCAUCGUAGAACAUCCUAUGGACGUGACUGUGCCAAAAAAUGAUCCCUUAACGUUAAAUUGCAAAGCAGAGGGUGAUCCAAUGCCAUCAAUACAAUGGUAUAAAGAUGGACAAGAAUUAAAAGUCGAUACGGGAUCACAUCGAUUAUUAUUACCAGCUGGUGGAUUGUUUUUUUUAAAGGUAAUCCAUUCCCGGAGGGAGAGCGAUGCUGGCGUCUAUUGGUGUCAAGGGAAGAAUGAGUUUGGUGUUGCUAAAAGUCGAAAUGCAACCCUUCAAGUUGCUUUCCUUCGUGAGGAAUUCCGUUUGGAACCACAAAACACCCGUGUUGCACAGGGUGAUGUAGCAUUGAUGGAAUGCGGUGCACCGCGUGGCUCACCCGAGCCCACAAUCACAUGGCGUAAAAAUGGACAAACACUAAAUUUGAGUGCAUCAAAGAGGAUACGCAUUGUGGAUGGUGGUAAUCUGGCAAUUCAGGAUGCACGACAAUCAGACGAUGGUAGAUAUCAGUGUGUGGUAAAGAAUAUUGUUGGAACGCGAGAAUCUGCGGUUGCAUUUCUAAAAGUUCACGUUAAACCAUUCCUCAUCCGAGGACCACAAAAUCAAACCGCAGUGGUUGGCAACUCUGUGAUAUUUCAAUGUCGUAUUGGUGGUGAUCCUUUGCCUGAUGUCCUGUGGCGUCGUACUGCAUCUGGUGGCAAUAUGCCAUUACGACGUGUACACAUCCUUGAAGAUCGUAGCCUUAAAUUAGACGAUGUUACACUCGAAGAUAUGGGCGAGUAUAGUUGCGAAGCAGACAAUGCUGUCGGUUCAAUUACCGCCACUGGAACCCUAACAGUACAUGCUCCUCCAAAGUUCAUUACUCGUCCGAAAAAUCAACUUGUAGAAAUUGGAGAUGAAGUACUAUUUGAGUGCCAAGCAACCGGAUAUCCAAAGCCAACACUUUAUUGGUCCGUCGAAGGAAAUAGCUCACUGAUGUUUCCCGGAUAUCGGGAUGGCCGCAUGGAAGCCACCCUCACACCUGAAGGACGAAGUGUUUUGUCAAUUAUUCGAUUCGCUCGAGAGGAUUCUGGUAAAGUGGUUGUUUGUAAUGCACUUAACGCUGUCGGCAGUGUGAGCAGUCGUACUGUUGUGACAGUGGAUACACAAUUUGAACUCCCACCACCGAUAAUUGCUCAGGGCCCAGCAAAUCAAACGUUGCCAGUCAAGUCGAUUGUAACGUUACCCUGUCGAACGAUGGGGACGCCAGCUCCAAUUGUGUCUUGGUAUCGGGAUGGGAUACCUGUCGAUGAGAGCCCCGACGAUGACCGAAGAAAUAUCUCAGAGUCAGGAGCUCUUACUAUUAGCGACUUGCAAAAGACCGAAGACGAAGGGCUGUACACUUGUAUUGCGAGCAAUCGAAAUGGAAAGUCCUCGUGGAGUGGAUAUCUCAAGUUAGAGGCUCCAACUAAUCCGAAUAUUAAGUUCUUCAGGGCUCCUGAGCUGUCAACAUAUCCAGGGCCACCUGGCAAACCCCAGGUGGUUGAGAAGACAGAGGACACAGUCACGAUUUCAUGGACUCGCAGCAAUAAAAUCGGGGCAUCAGCGUUGAAGGGAUACGUAGUGGAGAUGUUCGGGAAGAACGAGACCGAAGGUUGGAUAGCGGUGGGGGCUCGCAUACAAAAUACCUCGUUUACUCAGGUAGGCCUCAAUGCCGGAGUCAAUUAUUUUUUCGUGAUACGUGCCGAAAACUCGCAUGGCCUAUCACUGCCAAGUGCCUUGUCGGAACCCAUAGCUGUUGGAAUGAAGAGCUUUAACAGCGGUCUGGAUUUAAGUGAGGCUCGAGCGAGCCUUCUUUCGGGUGACGUUGUGGAACUGAUCAAUGCGACAUCUCCAGAAUCGACAACCAUGAAAUUAACGUGGCAGAUAAUCAAUGGCAAAUACGUCGAAGGAUUCUACAUCUAUGCACGACAAUUACCCGAUUCAACGGUCGUCGUCAAUACACGCUCGAAUGCAUUGGUGGCAGCACCAGACUCAACAGACCCACCAACUACUCUUGAACACUCUACCAAAAAUAAUGGCGGCAGCGGUAGCUCCAGCAGCAGUGUUUUAAAUAUCAAGAACAGCAUUUCUGGUACGGUUUACAAAAUGCUAACGAUACUGAACGGUGGCGGAGCAUCAACAUGUACAGUUACCGGUCUGAUGAAGUACACACGGUAUGAAUUUUUUAUCGUACCCUUCUAUAAGUCUGUCGAAGGCAAACCAUCCAAUUCAAGGAUCGCACGUACUCUAGAGGAUGCUCCUGUUGAACCCCCAUAUGGAAUGGAAGCUGUUCUAUUAAAUUCAUCGGCUGUGUUCUUGAAAUGGAAAGCACCAAUUCUCAAACCAUAUCACGGAGUCCUCCUUCACUAUCAUGUUGUAGUUCGUGGAGUCGAUAUGAAAAUGAAUUUAUCUCGUAUCCUGACGAACGUUACAAUCGAUGCUGCAUCACCAACCCUUGUUUUAGCAAAUUUAACCGAAGGGGUUAUGUAUACGGUUAGUGUGGCUGGUGGCAAUAAAGCUGGCAUUGGGCCAUAUUGUUCACCGGCAACAUUGCGCUUAGAUCCAAUAACAAAGAGAUUAGAUCCGUUUAUUAAUCAAAGGUAUCCCAUCAAUCAAGAACACGUAGAUGAUGUCCUUACUCAACCAUGGUUCAUCAUUUUAUUGGGAACUAUUUUGGCUGUGAUGAUGUUGUCAUUUGGUGCAAUGGUUUUUGUGAAGAGGAAACAUAUGCUGAUGAAGCAAUCGGCGUUAAAUUCAAUUCGAGGCACACAUCAUCCAAACGAUGUCCUCAAAAUGCCGAGUUUAUCGCGCAAUGGAAAUGGUUUUUGGUUGGAUGCCUCGACUGGUGGUAUGGUUUGGCGUCCUUCAGCUAGUGAUGCAAUGGACAUGCAAAAGGAUCAAAUUGCCGACUAUGCACCCGUUUGUCUAACAACAACAACAACAUUACCAUCUGAACAACAUCGAAAUCAAAGGUACGUGGGCGAGUAUUCCAAUAUUCCGACGGAUUAUGCUGAGGUGUCGAGCUUUGGCAAGGCCCCAAGUGAAUACGGUGGCAGUACAACUGGAAAACAUUCCCCGGCCCCCUAUGCCACUUCCUCGAUAGUUGGUACGGGCCGUUAUCCCAACGAAUACAGCAGUGGCUCGACCGGAUAUCACAGCCAAUCAACCCAUGGCCAACUUUACAACCAUCACCAACAACAGCAGAGUUAUCCAAAUUCAAUGCAACAUCAGCGAUUCACUGGCAACGGCAGCGGUAGUGGAAUUGGCUACCAUCACGGUAAUCACCAUCAUCAGCAUUCGAAUUCGUCAAACGUCUACCAAACCGCCAACGAUAUGUAUCCAGGUGGGGGUAAUUCAAAUAGGUCCACCUAUUCCGAACAAUACUACUACCCGAAGGAAAAGAUUCACAUAACCGAGAACAAGCUGAACAAUAUGACAAAUUGCCUUACGUUUAACCCACGAACCCAUGUUGGAAUGCAGCCAGCCCCGACCACGGCUUCGGGGGUCCUGCAGCAGCAUCAAGGCAGCCCCAUGGGAACAAUAAGACGGAACAACAAUCGCUUCAAAGUAUCACACCCCCAGAAUCAAAAUCUGAAUCAGAACUUCCUUAGCCACCAUUUGGGUGACAAUGGAAAACGUGUUGAGGCGAUACCACCACCAACCUUGCCGCCACAAUCCCAUCAGAUCAAGUACAAUGGCGGUUCUUCGGGGAAUAGUGGCAGCAGCAACAUUGCAAACAACGCAACCAUAGUGUCGAAUGCUUCUUCUGCCAGCAAAAGUCUUCUCGACUUCGACUCCACGACGGUAAUGGUCGAUUCGGGAUUCGGCGGUGGUGGCGGUGGUGGCAACAGCAUUAGCGGUGGAAUUGGAACAGGUUGCGAUAGUGGUUGCGGAUCACCCUCGCUGUUGCAUGCCCAGGACGAGCAACUUUAUAUAAAAGUUGGCGAAACCAAUCCACCGGAUAAUACUUACCUCAAUUGGCGGGGCCAGCCAACGAGGGGCUCGUACAGUCGCAGCAUUGGAGCCAGCAGCAGCAUCGGCGGCAGCAGCACUCUAAGCCUGGAACAGAAUGACAAUGGAAGUGAUAAUCUAAUGGCAUCGGUGGCGGCGGUGGCUGACAAUAGACGUAGACAGGUGUCGGCGGCAGCGGUGGCUGCAACGACGACAAUUUCCACAGCAAACGAUAACGAUGUGAUUUAUGCGCCAUCUAGUGAUCGGAGUCUUAUUAGUUAUAAUGCUCAGGUGGAUAACGUGUGACCUGUCAUCAGUCCUUUGCGAAAAUCCUAAAAGCAUACAGCAAACUCUUUGAAAUUAAAGAUUCUGCUCCUGCAUGAAUAUGGUGUGAUGUAAGAGAGAAAUAAUAUAAUAGAAAUAGAAGAUUGUAAAGAGGUGGUGGGGAGGAGAUGUAUGGUUGAUGAUUUAUUAAAUAGGGUUGUUGCUGUGCGAUAAAGGACUUUUCCUCCAUAAAGGAAUGAAUUCUAUUACUGUUGUAUUUUUAUGUUUUAAGACUGAUGAUGAGAGAUGCCAAUGUAUGUAGACAUAGAUAGAAGGGGGACGAAAAUGGGGGGAGGGGUAUGAAGUACUUGAUGCUUGAUUUUUACCUAUUAAAUUGUUCUGCCUAUAAAAAAACACACACACAAUUAUAGUCUCGGGCAGAACUGCCAUAAAAUGAUCCUAUAAAACAAAAUCCCUAAUGUGAGUCUCUCUAUAUUUUACAAUUAAACUUAGAUUCUAGUUAGGAUGAUAUUUAACAAUUAAAAACAAAAUGUAAGAAAAAACGCAAGCAAAUUUAAUUAUUAUUAAACAUAGUUAUCUAUAUUUAAAAAAAAAUGAUUAUAAAGAAUGUAAAUAGUAAAAAAUACCUAAACCUAUACCUACUAAAAAAUAGUCGUAAGUUUAUUAUUAUUUGCUGAGAAGACAAACAAAACAGAGUGUUUUUUAACGUAUGGCAUUAAUUCGUUAAAUUAUUAUUAUUGUAAUUAAAAUAAUUAUGAAAACUAUAAAUAAAUAAUACUACAAAAAAAGUUAUACGAGUACAUAUUGUAAAAUAUAAUAAUUUUAGGUCUAAAAUGAAAACUAUAUAAUUUAAACAUCUGAUCGACUGUGUAACUUAACUUACGUACUAAAACUUAAAAACAAAAAUAAAUAUUUAAAAAAAAGAAAACUUUAUAUAGAAUAUACCUACCUACAAAAUGCUUAGAAGAAAAAACCAAAGCUGAUGGUUAAAAUAUUGUAUUGUAUAAUAAGAAAAUAAAAACUGUUUACAAUGUUAAAUAUUUCGGAAUAGACUUACAAAACAAAAAUUAAUAAAAAUAUAAAUAUAUAAAAUUAA